AUGACGUCGCCAGCAAAAUUCAAAAAGGAUAAGGAGAUCAUAGCUGAAUAUGACACUCAAGUUAAAGAGAUCCGUGCCCAGUUGGUAGAGCAGCUGAAGUGCCUUGACCAGCAGUGUGAGCUCCGGGUCCAGCUGCUGCAGGACCUGCAGGAUUUCUUCCGCAAGAAGGCAGAGAUCGAGAUGGAUUACUCCAGGAACUUGGAGAAGCUGGCCGAGAGAUUCCUGGCUAAAACUAGGAGCACCAAAGACCAGCAGUUCAAGAAGGAUCAGAACGUGCUGUCCCCCGUCAACUGCUGGAACCUGCUGCUCAACCAGGUGAAGCGCGAGAGCAGGGACCACACCACGCUGAGCGACAUCUAUCUCAACAACAUCAUCCCGCGCUUCGUCCAGGUCAGCGAGGACUCAGGGCGCCUCUUCAAGAAGAGCAAGGAAGUGGGGCUGCAGCUCCAGGAAGACUUGAUGAAGGUCCUGAACGAGCUCUACACGGUAAAUCAAACUGACUGA